UCGAGUUAUCAAUAAUUUAAGUAAUUGUUCAUAACAAAUUUUAAAACCGUGAUAAGAAUAAGAAUGGCGUUACCUUGGCAUAUUCCUUUAGAAGCGGCAGUGACCAAUAAAGCUAGAAGAGGUAAUGUACCGCAACCGUCUUUGUUUAAACAUUAUUGUAAUUUAGAUGUUCAUAAAACUCCAUGUGAAGAAUUGCAAACAGGUCUAAUGUGUGAUAUCGGCACCCAAAAUCGAGAGCCAGUUGUCAUACAAAGAUUAAUAGCGUCAGGAAUGACAGUGGCUAGGCUCAAUAUGCGAGAUAUGGAACCCGAUGCAUAUGGGCAAUUAAUUCAAAGUAUAAGACAAGCUGUUUAUAAUUACAGUGCUGAAUUGGAAUACGUAUACCCACUCGCCCUAGUUGUAGACGUUAGAGGCCCUGAUAUUUUAACAGGAGACUUGAAGGGUGGACCCAAACAAACGAUAGAUCUCGUUCAAUUCAACACAAUUCGUUUAACAACUGAUUCUAGUUGGCGUGAAAGUGGUACUUCUGAUUGUUUAUACAUCGGCUAUGAUCACUUAACUGAUCUUCAUCCUAAAGAUUCUAUUUUUAUUGAUAGCCUGACUCCAGGUACUGUCAAGCUAGUUGUUAAUGAAGUAGGUGAUGAUUCCUUAGAUUGCACAAUAGCAGUUGGCGGAACCAUCGGUUCCAAAAUGACAGUUCGAAUUACUCAGGCGCCUAAAGAAAUUGAUCACUCAGUAAAACAUGGCAGUGUUGAGUCAAUACCUUGCAGCGAAACAUCGGAGCAGCUGUUUGAACAUAUGCAAGAGCAAGUAGCGUGGGCUAUUGGAUCUGAUAUAGAUGCAGUGAUGAUACCAAAUGCUCAGAACGUACAAGAUAUUCGUGUUGUAAGAGACAUGUUAUCAGAGAGAGGAAAACAUAUUUUGAUUAUUGCUUGCAUGGACUCUGUAACAGGACUUGAUAAUUUUGAUGACAUAUUAGCCUCUGCUGACGGUGUGUAUAUGGAUCGAUGCAUUUUAUCUACUGAUUUGCCAGUAGAAAAGAUUUUCAUCGCCCAGAAAAUGAUUUCAGCAAAGUGUGCUGAAGCCGGCAAACCAUUUAUAUGUAAAGCAGUAAUUAAUGAACAGAUACCUACACUUUGUGUUUCAGAUAUCGCUAAUCUAGUACUCGAUUGUGUAGAUGUAAUAGCUUUAGAACUGCAUUAUGAUUCGCCUUUAAAGAAAUUUGCAGUUUCGCAUGACUCUGUUAAAAUGGCUGAACAAUGUCUUUCGGCAGCAGCUGUGAUUUGCAGACAUGCUGAAAGAAUAACUUGGCAUCCGUACAUUUAUGGAAACACCGAAUUGAUGGAGAGUCCUCUUGAUGAACCAACCAAAGCUAUUAGUAUAAAUGCAACUGAACUUGCCAUGCGAGCUCAGGCAGUCGUAAUCAUAUGUUUAACUAAUUCAGGUCGAACAGCAAAAUUAAUCGCCCAUACAAGACCACACUGUCCAGUAGUGGCUGUAACUAGAGCAUGCCAUACAGCACGUCAGUUGCGUUUUUGGCGUGGAGUUAGAGCUAUGCAUUAUUUCGAAGUUGCGAAACCUCUCUGGAUGGCAGAAGUAGAAGCACGUGUUCAUGCUGCCCUCGAUUAUUGCAAAGCUAAAAGAAUUUUGCGUGCGGGCGAUGCAUAUGUCUUAGUAACAGGAUCUCGACGUGGUGUAGGUUAUUGUGACAGUGUUAGAUUGUUGUACGCAAGUGCCCGCAACACAAUUACCGCAGAAUCAUAAUUUUUUUAUUCGCUUUUAAUUAAUAUUUGAGUAGAAUAUCUGUUGUGGCUUUUGUUAAAUUUGCUAAAAUUCA